UGUGAGGCACAAAAUUUGCUUAUGAUAGUUUUCUGUGGAACUGGAGUCCAUUUUGGCUAUUCAGUGAUGGCGGAACUCAUUGAAGAACCAUUCUGGGGCAAUUUCUCAGAUGAAGAAAUUGACUUUCAGGAGCAGAGUUCUCUCACGGGAGUUUUGGGAGCAAUCCUCCUUCUGAUGUGCUUCAUUGGGAUGACAGGAAAUAUCUAUACACUGGUGGUGGCGUUUGGCAGCAUGGCAAUUCGUUCCGCGAGCUGUUUGUGUGUGUAUGUUAUUAACUUGGCCUUGGCAGACUUACUCUACCUUUCCACCAUUCCCUUUGUGGUUUGUACCUAUUUUGCCCAGGACUGGUUCUUUGGAGAUGCAGGAUGCCGAUUUUUGCUUAGCUUGGAUUUGCUCACAAUGCAUGCUAGCAUCUUUCUGCUGACAGCCAUGAGCUUGGAGCGUUAUUGGGCAGUGACCAGACCACUAAAGGUUAGGAUUGCUGGGAACAGUUAUCAUAAAGUUGCCAGCCUUGCUGUGUGGCUUCUGUCAUUGUUGCUUACAAUACCAAUGAUGGUCAUGAUCCAGCAGCGGGAAAGUGGAAGCCAUAAACAUAUUUGCUUUCCCACAUGGACACCGGAGGCUUUCCGAGUUUACCUCACAGUUCUCUUUGGCACUAGCAUCCUAACACCCGGCGUUGUCCUAGCCAUAUUGUACUCACGUCUCGCAUGGAGCUAUUGGCUUUCUACAAAAACUAUGCAGUCUCAGGUGACGGGCAGAAUGUUGAAACAGAAGCUGUUCUCCAGGAUCUUCAGCAUCAUUGUGGCCUAUUGGGCUUGCUUUGUACCAUUCUGGGCCUGGCAGUUAGCCAAAUUGUACUGGUCAAUGGACUUGGACAUUGGCCCUACUGCUCAGGCCUACCUCAACUUUGGUGUUACCUGCUUGACCUAUAGCAACAGUUGCAUCAACCCAUUCCUUUACACUCUGCUAACAAAAAAUUACCGUGAGUACGUGUCAACUCAGUGUGAGGAAAGACAAGGCAGAGAGUUUGCCGCCUUCAGAAGGGGGAGAAAUGCAAAACCUCGAGCAGAACGUGUAUCUGCAGCACAAGGAGUUGACCUGAUUGAAGAAACAGAAGACAUCCAUUAAUAAUUAAUGUCAAAGAUGUCAUUGUUCCUGAGGUUCAUCCUACUUACAUAACCCAAGGAACUUCAACCUUUUGAGCUUCAUGGGUACACUGAGAAUUUUGAUGGCACAUGAUAGGAACUCAUGCAGACUAGUGAGAAUAUUCCUGCUGACCUCUCUUAAGACCCUCUCAGUCUACAUGUUCCUUACUCUGAGCUGUCAAGCACACUUCCAAAUUAAGCGUGGGCUGCAGCCACUUAACAUUUUUUACAGCAUUGCUGGUGGAGAUUAUGAAGGCUUAGAGGUAUUACUCAGAAGGAAAAAUAGGGCUAAAGAGUGGGAUAUUGCUCUUGAGUUCUAUUAAAUUAUGAUUUGAUUAUUCUUCAGAACCAGCCGGAAAGGGUAAUCAGCAUUAAAUAUCCAUGAUAAAUUGGUAACCGUAGGCAUCUUGCUGCAGAUGCUAGAUAAAGGUGUGCAAAAUAUAAUGUGUUUUACUAUCAGUGAUUCAGUCAGGUAGUCAAGGGGAUAAAUCGUCCUGGCAUCUAUUGGCCAUUUCAGGCUGGUGUGGGGGACAACCUUCCCUUCUGGUCUCUGGGCAUCUCCUCCUAGGAUCAUUUUUUUUCAAGGAGACAAGAGAAUCUACCCUUUUCAAAUCAGGCUUUUCUACCACCUGACAGAAAUUGUAGAUCCCCUCCUAGGCAGACUCAAGAUGCCACACUUAUGAAAAAGUAUUUAUUUUUAAGAGUGGCUUUAUCUGCAAAUUGGAUGUUUUUUCCCCCCAAAACUCUAUCCCUGCACAUGCCACUGUUGUUGAAAGGAGGGUAGAUGAGCCAUUGGGAGGAGAAGGUUUAGAAAAGACUUCUCACUCUUGAGAAAGCAAUUCAAAAAUAACUCUGCCUUGAUUUUGUUUGGCAUAAGAUAUACAUAGUAAAGAAAAUUAGACAGGCUUAGUUUCAAGAUAUUGCUACCGUAUGAUAUCCUAGAACAAUAAAAAGCAUUCUGAAAACUCUACUGGCUUGUUUCCUGUCUAUUUACCUCAAAGUGCUGACAGCAGUACGUUUUCUUCUGGUUCCAGGUGGGUGGGUAGCAUUUUAAAUGGGCGGUGGGAAAAGGCUCAAUGUCUCCUCCACGAUAAUGCUGAUAUUCUUUUCUCAUUGAGAAGACAAAAAGUUGGGAGUUGAAAGUCAAAUGUUCGGUUAAAAUCACCUGAUCUCAAAAGCAUUUAGGAAUAAAUAAAUAGCUGCUCCUUAGCUUUCUGCAGUAAUAUUGUAUUCCUGGCAUGGAUGCUAUUUCUAAGUGAGAGCUCUGCAUUAAUUUAAGAAUAGCUCUAGACCUCUGAGCUCAUUAUAUUGCCUUGUUUAGAAGCUGAAUUAGUUUAUUUCUGGCUCAGCUAUGGUGCAUUUGAAAUGACAUUUUUCUUUGAAAACACCUUGGCUCAUUUGACCCUGUGGAUGAUUAUUUCUCCUUUGUCAGAACUCCUGGCCUCACCGUGCGCAGGGUUUGGGCUUCAUCUGGUUUUUGUUUUACAAACCAUCAGGCGAGCAGAUAACAAGAAUAUAGAUACGUAUGAGGCAAUUUAUUUCUUCUUGAGGUGGAAUGGGGGUGAGGAGAUUUUUGUUAGUGGAGAACUUCUGGCAGUGCUGGGUGGGUCAGUGAUCUUUGCUCCUUGUUGGGAGUAUACUCCUGGUGUUAGGUAGGCAAUAUAUAUCUUUAUACAACAACAAAUGGUCAUUGUUGCUUUA